AUGACUGCCCCGUCCGCGUCCGCGUCCGCUGAGGCUCCGCAUGGCGCUGCGCCUACUACACCAGCUUUGGCAAAUGGAAAAGCCAGUGCAGCACCUCCCAAGGUUACUGGCGAAAAUACUGUGGAGCUCGACAAGAUCGCUCCGCCUGAAGACAAGCUACCGCUCCACGAGGAUAUCAUGCAGCUUGCAAGACUGGGAGAGAUAGGCCCCAUCCAAACUCUCUGCGAGACUGGGAAGUUCAAUGCCAGAUACAAAGACCAGGAGGGCAUCACACCACUGCAUAGAAUUCAUAAGCUCUCUUCGAUAGUGAAAUAG